AUGACCAUGGGAAACCCUUCCAUAGUGACCCCCAAGGAGGCUGUCUUUCGGCUAUACCAACAGGCGCUUGCGAAUGCAUUGCCAGACUACAGCAUAGACACCUCAGCCCAGCAAUCGCCGCCCCAACCCGACGAAAGAUAUGAUGUUGUCAUUGCCGGCGCAGGGCCGGCUGGUCUAAUGCUGUCGCUUCUCCUUGCCCGCCUUGGCUUACGAUCCCCCGGAUCUAUUCUAUGUGUCGAUCCUCGCGAAACACCCCUCUCCUGUGGCCGUGCGGAUGGUCUCGUUGCGCGGACUCUGGAGACUUUCAAAGAACUCGGAAUUUACCAACAGGUCCUCGAUGUUGGCAAGAGCAGAAGAGUCAUGCGCCGCAGCCUUGCCGGAGACAUGCCACUAAGCCGAGUUCCUCAUGCUGCAUCAUCUCCUCAGGGUCAGAUCGAGCGUAUCCUUGAUCGCGAACUCACGCGCUACGGGGUCGAUGCACUCGAGCGUGGGAGCAAGGUUGUCAAUGUGACGCUUGACAAGGAAAGCAUCUCCAGCCAUCCUGUUGCCGUGACCAUCAUGGAUAAAGAAGGAAAGAAUCGAGUCGUCAAAGCUCGUUUCGUGGUUGGGGCGGAUGGCGCACAUUCCACUGUGCGAAAAACACUAGGUAUCCCGAUGGUUGGAGACUCGAGCAACACUUCUUGGACAGUGAUUGAUCUUAUACCCCAAACCACCUUCCCUGACAUCCGGCGCAUGGGAACUGUCCAUUCAUCACGAGGCAGUAUCAUGUAUUUUCCUCGUGAGCAAACUUGCGAGGGCUACUGGCCCUGUCGCUUUUACGUCGAUACACGACAUAUCAAGAACGGAGGCACCGAGGUAGAUGAAAAUUACAAGGAAGAAGACCAGUCUGUAAUGACAGCACAAUGUAUCGUGGAUCAAAUCGACAGAGUAUUCGCUCCAUACGAACUCCGUGUGAAGCCGGGUACCAAGAUCGAAUGGAUGAGCACAUAUGAAGUUGGGCAACGCGUUGCAGAACAGUUUGCUGUUUAUGACUCGGAUGGCCUCGCGCGUGUCUUUCUUGUCGGUGAUGCCUGCCACACCCAUAGCCCAAAGCUGGGUCAAGGGAUGAAUGUGAGCAUCGCGGAUUCCUAUAAUCUCGCUUGGAAAUUAGCCCAUGCAAUCCUAGGAAUCAGCAGUCACGCCAAAGCGCUUUUAGAGACAUACGCAAGUGAGCGCCGCUCUGUGGCGCUGCAGUUACUUGAGAUAGACAAGAACUGGUAUCAUUUCGAAUACGCCGUGCGCGAUGCCGAGAGACACGAUGAUUAUCAGCAAGAUCGUGCGGAGCUCUUGAGGCAAUAUGGAGGCUUUUUGAGUGGCCAGGGCAUAAAGUAUCCAGAUGGCUAUCUCACGAAACCAAUCGCUGGCAAUUGGGCUGUUCGUACGGGCUGUCGCUUGCCGGCGAGCUCAGUCCAGCGCUUCGCAGACAGUGUGAAUUUCAAUUUACUAGACCAAGUGGUGCCAGAUGGCCGCUGGAAGGUGCUUUUGUUCACAAGCGUCGAUCUACUCCUUAAAGAGAAUCGCUCGACCAAAGCGCUGGAUUCGCUGUUCAGGGACGUGGUCCCUUUACUUCUUCCUGACACACUACGGGGUAUUAUUGUAACCCCCGAAAUGGUCAGCACUGUUGAGAAAUCAGGCACAGGAAUCUCGGUAAGAGAUAUCCAGUGGUCGGCUUUCCCUGAAUGUGUGAGAGAAGAAGCAGAGAUGGACACAUUCAUUGGCUCCCAGGAUACAUACAGCUUGUACGGAAUCGAUCAGCAGAGAGGCGCCGUUAUAAUUGUCAGGCCAGAUGGUUAUGUCAGUCUCAUAUCAGAGCUAGAGGAUCUUUUCCAGCAAGACAGGCUUUUCGCGAAUUUGGCAUCGCUGAUAAAGUCUGCGUGA